AUGGAUGCCGCCACUGCGGGCAACAAGGAGCGGGAGGCCGCGCAGCUCCUGGCCGAGGCCGAGAAGAGGGUGAAGUCCUCGCAUUCCUUCCUGAGGGGGCUCUUCGGAGGAAAUACAAAGGUGGAAGAAGCAUGUGAGAUGUACACCAGAGCUGCAAAUAUGUUUAAGAUUGCCAAAAACUGGAGUGCCGCAGGAAAUGCAUUUUGCCAGGCAGCCAAACUCCACAUGCAGUUGCAGAGUAAACAUGAUUCGGCCACCUGUUUUGUGGAUGCGGGAAAUGCUUUCAAAAAGGCAGAUCCACAAGAGGCUAUCAACUGCUUAAAUGCUGCCAUCGAUAUUUACACAGACAUGGGCCGAUUCACUAUUGCUGCCAAACAUCACAUUACUAUUGCGGAGGUUUAUGAGUCUGAGCUGGUAGAUAUUGAAAAGGCUAUUGCACAUUAUGAACAAGCUGCAGAUUAUUACAAAGGAGAAGAAUCCAACAGUUCUGCUAACAAAUGUCUGCUGAAAGUAGCUGGAUAUGCGGCUCAGUUAGAGCAAUAUCAGAAGGCCAUUGAAAUUUUUGAACAGGUUGGAACAAGUACUAUGGAUAACCCUUUGCUCAAGCAUAGUGCAAAAGAUUAUUUCUUCAAAGCUGCUCUGUGUCACUUUUUGGUUGACGAAUUGAAUGCUAAGCUUGCUCUCGAGAAGUAUGAAGAAAUGUUCCCAGCAUUUACGGAUUCAAGGGAAUGUAAACUAUUGAAAAAAUUGCUGGAAGCUCAUGAGGAACAAAACUGUGAGGCAUACACAGAAGCAGUGAAAGAAUUUGAUUCGAUAUCACGCUUGGAUCAGUGGCUCACCACCAUGUUGCUGCGCAUUAAAAAAUCAAUUCAAGGAGAGAGUGAGGGGGAUCUGAAGUGAUCUGUCCAGUGUCACUUGUGCCAUUUCUGUUGAAGUACUCUUGUGUUGUGGCCCAGGACCAUAGUGGGAUACUUGAUAAAUGCUUCUAGCUUCACUGACUGGUGUCUUGUUCAGUGUUCUGUAGUGGCUCAUGCUGUGGCAACUAAGGACAUGAAUUGUACAUGUGUAAGCUGGAUUCUUUUUAAGACUGCUAAAUAUAACACAGGUCCUGAUCUUUUGCACGUUUACUUGGAAGUAAAACCCACUACGGUCCAGCGGAACUUGCUUUCAUGUAAUUGUGCAUCAGAUUGCAGGUCAUGUAAAUUCACUGAUGUGAAAUGCCAGCCAUCGAAAUUAUGCACUUGUAAUUUGAGUAGUGAUGUUUCUCACUCCCCUCUCCACCACCAAAUUUGUUGUGAUUUUGAAUAAAUGUUUAUUUGGAUCCUUUGUGGUGGUAACAACCACAAUCUAAAGGAGAACUCAGUUUUCACUUUGGUUUUUAAAAUGUGCGUCCUUUUUUGUGUGUGUUCGCACUUGCGCAAGUUAAUAUGGUUGAGUUGCAACAUUACAUUGAAUUGAACUGAGAGGGCACCUGAAAACACACAGUCCCCUUUCUGAUAAAUAAUGAACAUCAGGCUCAAAUGUAAGUUGAAUGCAAAUUGUUCUGUUAACCUCUGUCCAGGUGGUACAUGAGUUAAGGCGAAAUGGUGUGUUGAUCUUGAUCAAGUGGAUGACUGGGAAAUGUUUAACUGCAGAGGUCAGAAAUGUAAUUUUGAUGUUCCUGUUACAAAUGCGGGGGGGGGGGGCAUUUCUGAAGCAUCCCCUCUCUGAAGACAUUCACUCCAAUCCAGCAGAUGUAAGGCAAGGGAACGGAGAACUCUGAGGUUUUCCAACCAAUUCAGUAGUUGGGAAAGUGGUGAAUGCACAGUCAUUAAAGUUGACAAAAGCUGCUUCUGUUAUCACACGUGAGUUGGGAGUCCUGCAGUGGUUUGGAUCAGAGGGCUGAUGAAUAUAUGAGGUUCAGAAAUGGGAAUGAUAUCCAUUUCUUUCAAAGAAACAAAAUGCAUUUUAGUGUUGGUAGAUUUCCCCCUUCUGUGGUGUCAUUUUCUUCCCUUCUAAAUUAGGAUCUUCUAAACCUUAAACCAUGAGAUUGCUAGCUUACACACACGCACAUACACACACAGCAGAGGCAAUAGUUUAGCUACAUUUUAUAUUGCCCUGUGUUGUCUGGCAAAUUAAGAAUUUCAAGUUGAUAGAACUGUUCUAAUGCUGCUGUGGAAAAGUGGGUGAUACUCAUAGAUAGUAGGCAUGGAUUCUGCAAACAGGCAUGGAGAAAUACAAAAUUACCUAGGCCUGAUGAUGCUUCCAAUUUUUCAAAGAAUAAAAAACAAGUCAGUCUUCUAAAAUGCUAAUUUAAGAUUGGCCAGUCCAGGCAACAGAAUGAGGCUGUAGAGUCCUGGCAUGGCCGAAUGGACUUGCUGAAGCCAAUCCAGA